AUGGCAUCCAUCAGCAUCAGCACACCAUCGGACGCCGAACGCCGGCGCGGACCAACCUGGUUGCAGGGAUUGGCUACGGCAACGGUAAUCUCCGUGUUUGUGCUGGUUAUCAUUGGCGGAGUGGUUCGGGUCACCGGGUCCGGCCUGGGCUGCCCCGACUGGCCCUUGUGCUACGGCAAGUUGCUGCCGCCGCUUGAAUAUACGGCGAUCAUCGAGUACACCCAUCGCUUCGUGGCGUCGGUCAUCGUCGGACCACUGGUGUUGGUUACCGCCGUCGUCGGGAUCGCCCGUUACCGCACUGACCGGUGGGUAUGGGUGCCUGCUGUCGUAUCGGUCCCGUUGCUGAUCGUCCAGGGCUUGCUGGGCGGCAUCACGGUGCUAACCCAUUUGCCCGGAGGAGUAGUUGCCCUGCAUCUUGCCACCGCGGAAGCCCUGCUGGCGACCUGCGUGUUCAUAAUGAUGGCGUCGUAUCGUACGCCGAUCCGUUUGGCUGAGACACCAACGCGCGGCGACAGAUACCAUCGCUGGGCAAUCGUGGGGGCGUUGAGCGUUUAUGUGGUGAUCGUGAGCGGCGCGUUGGUGACGGCUAUGGGAGCGACCGGCGCGUGCGUCACCUGGCCGCUAUGCCAGGGGCAGGCGUUCCCGAUGAACCACCUGACGGCGAUCCAUAUGUUCCACCGCUACGUGGUGCUCGCGCUGGGUGGGUUGCUUCUAUACUCGGCCUGGCGCUGCUGGAACGGCCAGGCAGGGCGAGGUACAACGCUGAAGUGGCUGGUUGGCCUGACCGUCGCCACGUUUAUCGUGCAGGUAAUAGUCGGCGCGGCGACGAUCUGGCUGGACUUCCAGGCCCAUUGGCGCGCCCUGCACCUGACCGCUGCCACGGCAGUGUGGACUGCGGCGGCAGGUAUGGCAAUCGUCGCUUAUAUGGAUGUGCGCACCACUGGAGGCCAAUCUGAGCCGACCCGGAAAGCGGGACAAAAUGGCCAGUAG